GCGAAGAUCGAAAAGAGCCGCGGCAGAAUUGGAGAUGUGGAAGAACACAAUGGAGAUGGAGCCGUUGCCGGCUUGCAACUUCUUGCUGUUAUGGUUUCGAUAACUCUGGUCGGGUUUCUCAUGCUCUUGGACACUUCAAUCGUAUCUACAGUCAGUUACUACCAUCUCGGAUUGAGUUUUCGUCUUGGAAAGCUGAAUCGAAAUCACAGNGCUAUCCCGCACAUCACAUCACAGUUCCAUUCUCUAGACGAUGUUGGGUGGUAUGGAACAGCUUAUCUUUUGGCAAACUGCGCGCUCCAGCCACUGACCGGCAAGAUGUACACGUUCUGGAACGUCAAGUGGACGUUCCUUGGAUUUUUCGCCAUCUUCGAAUUUGGAUCCAUCCUCUCCGGCGCCGCCACAUCGUCAAAAAUGCUGAUCGUUGGAAGGGCAUUUGGAGGUAUGGGCGCAUCAGGACUUCUGAACGGCGCCUAUACCAUCAUCCAGACGAGUGUGGAGCCUACCAGGCAAGCUNNGGUGAUCUACCCAUUGCCUUCGCAGACAAAACUGCUUCUAACCCGAUAUACAGGGUUGACAGGAAUCUUGAUGGGAGUAUCUCAGCUAGGCCUUCUAGCAGGUCCAUUGAUUGGUGGUGCCUUGACUCAACAUGCCUCAUGGAGAUGGUGCUCCGCAAUUGAGAUCUUGCUUGCUCUGAAUUGGGGAGGUACUUCUGUCUAUGCUUGGAAUAGCUCCGUUAUUAUCGGACUCUUCUGUGGUGCCGGCGCUGGCCUCAUUGCGUUCGUGGGGUGGGAAUACCACAAGGGCCACGAGGCGAUGAUUCCCUUUGCUCUUGUCCGCCGACGUGCGGUCUGGUGCAGCUGUAUUAACUACGCAUUCUUUGCAGGCUGUCUCUUAUCUUCAACAUACUACCUGCCUAUCUACUUCCAAGCCGUUCGCGACGCCACACCCACCAUGAGUGGUGUUGACCUUCUGCCAUCUAUUCUCGGAAACAUGUUGUUUGCCUUCAUGAGUGGCGCAUUGGUUGGCCGUAUUGGCUACUACUUACCGUUCGCGGUCGCAAGUGCUGUACUAACCAUCAUAGGGUCUGGUCUUCUCACAACUUUGACCCCACAUACUUCUCUUGGGAAGUGGGUGGGCUAUCAGAUCAUUCAAGGCGUUGGUCGAGGCUGCGGCUUGCAAAUGCCGUUGAUAGCCGUACAGACCCAUGCGAGCAAGUCAGACAUCUCAAUCCUCACUGGUCUUGUGGUGUUUUCCCAGCAGUUCGGUGGUGCAGUCUUCUUGUCCCUAGCGGAACUUGUCUUCAGCUCCGACUUGAGGAAAAACCUCGCAAUUUAUGCCCCAAGCGUUGAUGCAGACGCGGUGGUAGUAGCAGGUGCAACCUCAGCAGUUCGUAGUGUGGUGCCCGCUUCGGAAUUGUCCGCUGUUCUCGUGGCAUACAGUAAAGCUAUCGAUGAAGUCAUGUAUCUGACAACUGGUGCAGCAGGGGGUGCGUUGAUCUUUGCAUUCGGAAUGGGAUGGAUUAACAUAAAGAAGCCAAGAGAGACACAGAAGGCUUAG